AUGGAUAAUUUCAAUGUGAGUGGAUUUCUUCUCUUGGGAUUUUCUGCCAAACCUGAACAAGAACUCUUCUAUGCUUCUCUGUUCUUGGUCUUAUAUGUGUUGGCUUUAACUGGCAACAUGCUCAUCAUCACCACAACUUCCCUGGAUGACAGUCUCCAGUCCCCCAUGUAUUUCUUCCUGAAGCAUCUCUCCUUGCUGGAUCUCUGCUACAUUUCCGUGACUGUACCAAAAUUUAUUUACAACGCAUUCAAACAAAGUGGAACUAUUUCCCUCUGGGAAUGCAUAGUGCAGUGCUUUACUUUGAUUACCUGUAGUUCUGCUGAGAUGGCGAUGCUCACGUUGAUGUCCUAUGAUCGUUAUGUGGCCAUCUGCCUUCCCCUACACUAUGACGUCAUCAUGAAUGUCAGAACCUGUCUCCAUGGGAUCGCCGGUGUCUGGAUCAGCGGGACCCUCUCUGGAGUCAUGCAUACGGCAGCUACUUUCUCCAUCCAGUUUUGUGGCCCCCGCAUCAUCCACCAGUUCUUCUGUGAUAUCCCCCAGAUCCUGAAACUCUCCUGUUCUAAUGACUAUAUCAGGGAGGUUGGGGUCUCAGUCUUCUUCAUUCUGUUGUCAUUUGGCUGUAUCAUUUUUAUUGGUUGCUCCUAUGUGCAAAUAUUUUCUUCUGUGCUGAGGAUCCCAUCUGCUGAGGGCAGAACUAAGGCUUUUUCCACAUGCAUUCCCCACCUUGCUGUUGUCAUUUUAUUUGCUUCUACAGGUUUCUUUGAGUUUUUAAAGCCUCAUUCUGAAAAUCCAUCAGCUCUCGACAUUGUGCUCACUAUUUUUUAUUCUAUUGUGCCCCCAACGCUCAAUCCAUUGAUCUAUAGCCUGAGAAACAAAGCAAUGAAAGCAGCUCUUAGAAUGGUUUUUAAAAGAAACAGUAUUUUGCUGAAAGGGACCGAAUCACAGGUAUGGGAACUUUCAUCUCGUGUGAAAUGCAGAUACUGGCAGCUUACCCAUAUGUUGAAAGAAGAAGUUCCUGAACGUGUUCUGGUGAUUUCCUUAGGUUCCAGAAAGAUUCUGUCUUGUCUGGGAGUCACCCACAGUAAGAAAUCAAGGACUAUGGAUAAUUUCACCACGAGUGGGUUUCUUCUCAGGGGUUUUUCAUCUAAACCUGAACAAGAAAUCACUUAUGCUUCUCUGCUUUUGGUCCUGUACUUGUUGGUUUUAGCUGGCAACAUGCUCAUCAUCAUCACGACUUCCCUGGAUGACAGUCUCCAGUCCCCCAUGUAG